UUACCAUCUGUCAUCAGUCUCAGUUCUCCUCGCGAUAGGUUUGUCAUCUGCUCUGUGAAGUCGCGAAGUUAAUUUUGUGGAAAAAUGGAAAUGUCCCUGAACCCUGUUCGUAUCCUCAAAAGUGAGGCCCAAGAAGAGAAGGCUGAAAUCGCCCGUCUAUCAUCAUUCAUUGGGGCUAUCGCGAUUGGCGAUCUGGUGAAAAGCACAUUGGGUCCCAAAGGAAUGGACAAAAUUCUCGUUGGUAUGGGCCGCAAUGCAGGAACCGUAGAGAUCACAAAUGAUGGAGCAACUAUCUUGAAAUCCGUCGGUGUUGAUAAUCCAGCUGCCAAGAUUUUAGUCGAUAUGUCUCGUGUUCAAGACGAUGAAGUUGGCGAUGGUACCACUUCAGUCACUGUUCUUGCAGCUGAAUUACUUCGUGAAGCAGAAAAACUUGUUGAACAGAAGCUGCAUCCACAAAUCAUUAUCGCUGGAUGGAGGAUGGCUGCUCAAAUUGCACGAGAUGCUCUGACUAAUACCUCCCGGGACAAUUCAGCUGAUAACACUAAAUUCAAAGAAGAUUUGUUGAAUAUUGCACGAACCACAUUAAGUUCUAAGAUCUUAUGCCAACACAAAGAAUUUUUCGCAAAACUUGCUGUCGAUGCCAUUCUUCGUUUGAAAGGCUCUGGAGAGCUUCAUGCCAUUCAAAUUAUCAAGAAAACUGGCGGCACAUUGGAGGAUUCAUUCCUGGACGAAGGAUUCCUGUUGGACAAAAAACCCGGCCUUCAUCAACCAAAACGUGUUGAAAAUGCGAAAAUUUUGAUCGCCAAUACUCCUAUGGACACGGAUAAAAUUAAAGUGUUUGGCAGUCAAGUGAAAGUCGAUUCAAUGGCGAAGAUCGCAGAUUUGGAAUUGGCUGAAAAAGAAAAAAUGAAGGACAAGGUCAACAAGAUUUUGGGUCACAAUUGCAACGUUUUCAUCAAUCGGCAGUUGAUCUAUAACUAUCCCGAGCAACUGUUUGCUGAUGCCGGUGUCAUGGCCAUUGAACAUGCCGAUUUCGAUGGUAUCGAACGACUUGCAUUGGUCACCGGUGGUGAAAUCGUGUCUACAUUCGAUAAUCCAUCAAUGGUCAAACUCGGUCACUGUGAUGUUAUCGAACAGGUGAUGAUUGGUGAAGAUGUUCUGCUUCGCUUCAGUGGAGUCGCUCUAGGAGAAGCUUGCACAAUUGUGAUCCGAGGCGCCACACAACAAAUUGUCGAUGAGGCAGAUCGUUCUCUUCACGACGCACUUUGUGUAUUAGCUGCAACCGUUAAGGAAUCACGAGUUGUAUACGGAGGUGGAUGCUGUGAAGCUUUGAUGGCAUGCGCCAUCUUGAAAAAGGCUGCAGAGACACCUGGAAAGGAAGCGAUAGCCAUGGAGGCCUUUGCUCGUGCCCUUCUUCAACUCCCCAUUGCGAUUGCCGAUAACGCUGGUUACGAUUCGGCGCAACUCGUUUCAGAAUUACGUGCAGCUCAUGCACAAGGUAAACAUUCCUACGGUUUGGAUAUGGAGAAUGGAAAAGUUGCAUGCAUGAAGGAAUUAGGUAUAACCGAAUCGUUUGCCGUGAAGCGUCAGGUGCUCCUGUCGGCUGCAGAGGCAGCCGAACUGAUUUUACGAGUUGAUAACAUUAUCAAAGCAGCGCCACGAAGACGUGUGCCAGAUCGUGGCUAUUGUUAAAGAGAAACUAUUUAUCGUAACUUUACGUCUAGCCUUAUAUUCUAUAUCUCAUACAUGCACCUAACGAGUAAAUGUUUCCCUAAAAUCCUUCAAUCCUAAUAUUUAAAACGCUACUCUAUGCAGAGUAUGGAGCGUCUUGAUUUGCAUUAUUUUAAUUAUCAUUUAAAUAAAUGAAAAUAACAUUGACUUUUGUUCAUCAUCACUUUAUAAGCGAUCAAAUUAAACGGAUUAACAUUCGA